AAGUGGAGGAGAGAGAGAUAAUUACCAGCUAAAGGAGUCUUUGGAAAGUAAACCUUUCCAAAUCUUCGAGAAACAACAUAAUUACUGUCAGCAUGCCCGCCAACGGGAACCAUCCGCUGAAGCUCCAGUUUGGUCUGAUCAACCACGAGAGCCGCUACCUCACCCAUGAGGCCUUUGGCUUCAAGGUGAAUGCCUCGGCCCCCUCCCUGAAGAAGAAGCAGAUCUGGACGUUGGAACAGGAUCCCAAGGACCAACAGGUCGUGUACCUGCGCAGCCACCUGGGGCGUUUCCUCGCCUCGGACAAGGACGGCAAGGUCACCUGUGAGGCCGAGGAGCGAGCCACCGACUGCCGCUUCCUGAUUGUGGCCCAAUCAGACGGGCGCUGGGCCCUCCAAUCAGAGCCCUACCUGCGCUUCUUCGGAGGGUCACGUGACUACCUGUCCUGCUUUGCCCAGAUAAUCUCGGAGGCAGAGCUGUGGGCGGUACACCUGGCCCUGCACCCUCAGGCCAACCUGCUCUCCGUGGCUCGCCGCCGCUACGCACACCUAUCUCCCGAGGACGGCGAGGUGGCGGUGGACCGGAACAUUCCCUGGGGCGUGGCGGCGCUGCUCACACUCGUCUACCGGGACGGGAAGUACCAGCUCCGCACCUGCGACAGCCGCUACCUGGGCAAUGACGGGAAGCUGUGCGCAGAGGGCAAGGAGAGGGGCACAGGGUACACCCUGGAGCUGAAGUGCGGGAAGCUGGCGUUUAAGGAUUGUGAGGGGAGGUACCUGUCCCCCAUGGGGCCCACGGGCACGCUGAGGUCAGGGAGGUGCUCCAAGCCAGGCAAGGACGAGCUGUUUGACCUGGAGGAGAGCCACCCUCAGGUGGUCCUGAUGGCUGCCAAUGGCCGCUACGUCUCCAUACGACAAGGAGUGAGUAUCUCGGCCAAUCAGGAAGAUGAGACGGACAUGGAGACAUUCCAGAUGGAGAUUGACAGAGAGACCAAGAAGUGCAUGUUCAGGACCAGCAAGGGGAACUACUGGGCCCUGGUGGCCCAUGGGGGAAUCCAGACCACCAGCACACAGAUAUCUGCUGACACCAUGUUUGCUGUGGAAUGGUUGGGCCACAGGGUGGCACUGCGGGCCAACAACGGCAAAUACGUCUGCACCAAGAAGAACGGGCAGCUAGCAGCCGUCAGCGACUCCAUAGGCGAGGAUGAGCGGCUGAUUCUGAAGCUGAUCAACAGGCCGAUGCUGAUUCUGAGGGGGGAGAAUGGCUUUGUGUGCCAUCACAAGAACUCCAACACACUGGAUGCCAACCGCUCCGUCUACGACAUCUUCAGCCUGCACUUCAGUGACGGGGCCUACCACAUCAAAGGUGUGGGUGGAAAGUUCUGGUAUGUGUCCAGCAGUGGAUUGGUCUGUUCUGAUGGGGAAACGCCUGAGGACUUCACACUAGAGUUCCCGGAGCACAGUCGUAUCGCUAUCCGGGGCAAGAAUGGGCGCUAUCUCCGCGGCGACCAGGGCGGCAACCUCAAGGGCGAUGGGCUCCGCCCACAAAGCACAGCACUCUGGGAGUACUGACACAACUGGGCCAGGACUGAGUUUAAUCUGUCAGCAACUCCAGUAGGUCCCCAUCACAACACAGAGGGCUUGUUGUGCAGUCGGUAUAGGCUUAUGUCUACUCCAGCAAUCUGCAGCCAGAAUCAUCUUCAUCUUUUCACUUUAGUUUUUUCGCUUUUUACUUUUUACCAGCCAUGACCCAAGGUCAAACGCUUCUUACGGAGAUAACGGCCCAGUAAGACAGUCAGGAGGAGACAAGAGUUCAGUAGAUUAUCCUGCUAACGGCAGGACUGGGAUCAGCCGUUUGGGGGCUUCAAUGCCUGAAAUACUUAACAUGAUGUUGGUACUAUCUGAUCGAGGGUCACCUCCGC